CACUUAUAGAACUUCUUCAACGACUUGAUGAUUCUUUUUUUCCCUCAUUGUGGUGGCUUGCGUUUCGAUUUCUCUGCGAUGAAUGUUGUCUAUUGAACCGUCAUUCGGUCCCAAUCUUGCGGGCCAUGCGCUUAUGUUUUCUUUGUUAUUUCCUCAGAUUUUCUUCACUUGCAUUUCCUGGUGCAUUUCUCAGCGACUGUUUUCCUCGGGAAGAAAAAAUCUUGGGUGUUUUUCUGGCAAUGGAGGAUUUGGAAAGGACAGUGAACGGGGUUUCAGUCGGAGAACAUUCGUUCGGAUUUAUAUUUUUCAUUUUGUUGGUCUCGGUUUUUGUCUGGGUAGUUGCUGCAAUUGCAGUGGCACUUGUGUUGUUCAACAUCCAUUGUCGAUUUAGGUCUGUGUCAGUAUAUAGAUAGAGCAGGAAGGGAUAA